AUAUACAUAAAAUGUUUAUCGACAAAAAUACCUUUCUGGGAAUCCUUUGUUUUUAUGCAUAAUAAUUUUAUAUAUAACAGCUUUAGCCCGUUAGUUCUGAAUUGAAACAUACAAAAGAAACUACAUAAGUGACAGCCCAAGAUUUAUUAAAAUAGCCAAGUGCAUCGUCUAGAAAAGUAAAAUUAUUUAAAAUAUCAUAGCUUAUAAUUUAAUUUAUUUAAAAAACUCUUAAAAGUAUUCAAUAUGUUGCCAAUGGGAAUUCCAAUGAUAAUGUUAGGUGUUGUGGUUGGAGCUGUAACAGCAUCUGCAUUUUAUUUUAUGAGACGAAAUCAGCAACACAAUUAUCAUACAUAUAAAUAUGAUAACAAUCGAUAUGAACGACCUAAACCAGAAAGAGCUCAUAACCUUACUUGUCCAUUUUGUGGACGGCCAACAGUAGCCAAUGAUUAUCCGUUAGCAUGUGGUCACUUGUGUCAUGUAACUUGUUUCAGAAGUCGACCUCUUGGUAUUAGAAAUAUUUGUUCAUUUUGUCAUGAUGAUAAUCAAGAUGAAGUAAUAUUAAGAUCAUCUUCACGAUCACACGAAGAUACUAGACAGCGAACUAAUCGUACAGCUCGAUCAAGUGAAACUAGAAACGAUUUGACACCUGGGAAACAAACUUCAACAUCAGGUUCAGUCUCAGAAUCAUCUUCACGAUUAUGGGAAACUAAGCAACCAAUUGGAAGUCCGACUACGUCUAGUGAAACUGAAAAUAUUUCGACUCCUGAAGUAAAAACUCCAACACCAGGUUCUGCAUCACCAACAGAAGAUUCAAAAUGUGCGUACUGUCAAAUUCCAAUGAAAGGUCUUGCUGAUAGUGAACGAUUACCAAAUUGUCGUCAUUAUGCACACGAACAGUGCAUGAAAAAAUUAUUUCACAUAGCACAGUGCCGGACUUGUAAUCUUAGUGGUGACUCAUCAGACUCUGCAGUAGACGAAACGGAAUUUCCGUCACGUGUAUCUCACGACUACUAAUUAAUAAUUAAUUGUCUGAUUAGAAUUUAAAUAACUUUAAGAUUAAUUUAUAUCAAUCAUAUUAUGAGCUAUAGAAAAUAAUUAAUUUUUUAAUUUCGAUUUAUCUCACUAUACAAUAAGAACUUAUUAUUAUAGAUAACGAUUUGUUACACGGAUAGAAUGAC